UGGCAGGCCAGCACUGAUGCAGGGACAGCAGGCGCCCUGACCCCUCAGCAUGUCCGAGCUCAUUCCUCUCCAGCAUCACUGCAGCUGGGAGCUGUUUCUCCAGGGACGCUUACACCCUCUGGAGUAGUGACUGGACCCGGAACUCCAUCUUCUCAACAUCUCCGCCAGUCUUCAUUUGAGAUCCCUGAUGACGUACCUUUGCCACCAGGUUGGGAGAUGGCUAAGACACCAUCUGGACAGAGAUACUUUCUUAAUCACAUCGAUCAAACAACAACAUGGCAAGAUCCUAGGAAGGCCAUGCUUUCCCAGAUGAAUGUUACAGCUCCCACCAGUCCUUCCGUGCAGCAGAACAUCAUGAAUUCGGCAUCAGGCCCACUCCCCGAUGGAUGGGAACAAGCUAUGACCCAGGAUGGAGAAAUUUACUACAUAAACCAUAAGAACAAGACUACAUCUUGGCUAGACCCAAGGCUUGACCCACGCUUUGCCAUGAAUCAGCGAAUCAGCCAGAGUGCUCCAGUGAAACAGCCACCCCCUCUGGCUCCUCAGAGUCCCCAAGGUGGUGUGAUGGGUGGGAGUAGCUCCAAUCAGCAACAACAGAUGAGACUUCAGCAGCUACAGAUGGAGAAGGAAAGGCUGAGACUGAAGCAUCAAGAACUGCUUCGGCAGGCAUUGCGGAAUAUCAAUCCCAGCACAGCAAAUUCUCCAAAACAUCAGGAAUUGGCUCUCCGUAGCCAGCUUCCAACAAUGGAACAAGACGGUGGAUCUCAAAAUCCCGUGUCAUCUCCUGGAAUGUCUCAGGAACUGAGAACAAUGACUACAAAUAGUUCUGAUCCUUUUCUUAACAGUGGAACGUAUCACUCCAGAGAUGAAAGCACAGAUAGUGGACUUAGCAUGAGCAGUUAUAGUGUACCCAGAACCCCCGAUGACUUCCUGAACAGUGUUGAUGAGAUGGAUACAGGUGACAGUAUCAGCCAAAGUAACAUACCAUCCCAUCAGAACCGUUUCCCAGACUACCUUGAAGCCAUUCCAGGGACAAAUGUGGACCUUGGGACACUGGAAGGAGAUGGGAUGAAUAUAGAAGGAGAAGAACUGAUGCCAAGUCUGCAAGAGGCUUUGAGCUCUGACAUCCUUAAUGACAUGGAAUCUGUCUUGGCAGCCACCAAGCUAGAUAAAGAGAGUUUUCUUACUUGGUUAUAGGGGCCUCAGGGAGACUGAAUUCUAAAUCUGUGAAGGAUCUAAGGAGAAUAGGACAUCUGUAUCCGAAGUGCAGAACAAGCCAGUGUGGCACACUUUUGGCUUGUGUUCAGAAAAAGUAAAUGAACAAAUAUUCAACAAGAUUCUUUCGUUUUGCUCUUCCUUGUCCAUCGCUGCUGUUAUAUAUUGCUGACUUUUUUCCACAGUUGACUCUGAAGAACAGACAUCUUCUUGAUCUUUUUCUAUUGCUGUUGCAACUACUGUUCAAGGGGGGUGGGGAGGGAUGAUGAGCCUGUUUGGAUGACGAAUGCCAUUCCUUUUGUCCUAGUGUGUGCUUGCAUAUCAUUUUAUCUAAGUACUCAGAUUUGAGAGUUAAUUUCUGCAUGUCACUGCUUGUAGUUUGCUCAGCUAGUUGUCUCCUGCUGCCUGUGGCAAGUGGUAAAACAUGACAUACUGGGGUGACAAGCCAAAAAUGAUGUAUCUGGUCAAAAGAAGUCAAUACUGAUUUGGAGAUAUGACUUAAAGGAGGGCUGAAGACUGUUUGGCAUUAAGUGUUUCUACUAGUAGCUCUUUCAUUAGUCACAAAGUGCUCUUGUUCAUAUUUUAUGUUAUAGUAAAUCAUGAGUCAUUUUACAUAGAAACAUAUAUGAACUUUGAUUGUUGCCACAUAUUCUAGCCUAACUUUUGUUUGUCAAAAAUAGUUUGAUUAUUUUUGUUAGUUGGUUUAACUGUAGCUGUAGGAUGGGAAGUAAUUAUAGGUGUUCUUUUUUUAAAAAAUAGUGAAAUCUAAGGGUUUUUUCUGAUUUCACAUAGUCUUAUUUAAAUCUGAAUUGUCUGCUUUUUUAUACUUAAAACAUGCCUAUUGUAGCCUGAUAAGCUAGUGAGUACAUAAACCAGUAUGUUUUGCCUGUAACUUUUUUAAUUUUUUUAAAGGCUAGCUUUGAAUGUAAUCGUUAGAAUUCAUGACCAGUGGCUUAUUUUUCAUGUUUAUUUGCAAGAUUUUGAAUUAGAAUC